AGAGAGUUCGUUAGCCACCUAAGCCACUAUGCCGGAUCUCUAUAUGACUCGUCCCCGUAACUUCGGCCCUGGUUCUCGUCAAUGCCGUGUGUGCUCCAACCAGCACGGUCUUAUCCGCAAGUACGGCCUUAUGAUGUGCCGUCAAUGCUUUAGGGAGAAGGCCAACGAUAUUGGAUUCCACAAGUACCGAUAAAUACGAGAAUCGGCAGUGAUUAUGGGAUAGUAGUACGACGACAAGUUGGCUACAAGGCUACAUUCUCUUGAA